AUGUCGAAGGUCGUGAGAAAUGUCAAGAACAUCACGAAGGGGUAUAGCAGUGUGCAGGUCAAGGUGCGAAAUGCUACCUCCAAUGACCCAUGGGGCCCGACAGGCACAGAUAUGGCUGAGAUUGCGGCCCUCACCUUCAACAACCCGAGCGAUUUCUACGAGAUCAUGGACAUGCUCGACAAGCGACUGAAUGACAAGGGCAAAAAUUGGCGACAUGUCUUGAAGUCUUUGAAGGUCCUCGACUAUGCUCUGCAUGAAGGGUCAGAGUUGGUGGUUACCUGGGCGAGAAAGAACAUCUACAUCAUCAAGACACUUAGGGAGUUUCAAUAUGUUGAUGAGGAUGGGAGAGACGUGGGACAGAAUGUCCGAACAUCUGCCAAAGAAUUGACUUCUCUCAUUCUCGAUGAAGAACGCCUCCGCAGCGAGCGCUCCGAUCGGAAGUUGUGGAAGACUCGCGUUACGGGCAUAGACGAGUAUGCGCCCCAAGCCAUUUCGGGGCCGUCCCAGCCACCUCGAAGAAACACUGAAAGGCACGAUCAAGCUCGUCGCCAGGAAGACGACGAUUUUGCAAGAGCUGUGGCAUUGAGCGAAGAAGAAGCUCGGCUUGCGGCUUUGAAGGAGCGGCAAAGCCGUAAUGAUAACGAGGAUCAAGACCCCGAAUUCAGGAAGGCGAUUCAGCUCAGUCAAGAAGAGGCCGACCUACGCAGAAGGCAGCUGGAGGAACAAAAUGCUGCUUCACUGUUCGACGACACCCCAGAACCAGCGCCAACACAGAGUCAACCCACUGGCUACAACCAAGGUUACCAACAACAGCCGGCGGUUGACUGGUUUGGGAACCCUCUUCAGCAACAACCUCAAAGCACUGGCUUUCUGAAUAAUCAGUACGCACAACCACAACAAACUGGCUUUCAGAACGGCUUUGCCAACGGGUUCCAACCAGCUCAACCCACGGGGUACGAUCAGUUUGGACAGCAACCGUUUCUUCAGCAACAGAACACAAUCCAGCCCCAGCAGACAGCUUUUCAACCCAACAACCCGUAUGGCGUGCAGUCUUCCACGGACCUGUUCGGUGUCCAGUCACCUCAACAGACUUCCCUCCAACCUGGGACCAACAAUCCUUGGGCCACGCAAACGCAGACUGCCGAUACACUGAAGCCAUUGCCCACUGGCUCGAACAAUCCUUUCGCGCAGAAGACGCAGCAACCAUCCCCUUCGCCGUUCGCUCGUCCGAGCACCCAGCCUCCACUGGGAACCUUGUACGAGUCGCAACCAACCGCUCAGUUUGCUCAGCCCUCACUACAGAAUCCGAUCGCAAACUACUCUUCGCCGCAACCAUCAUUCCAGCAACAACAGAAGCCAGCCAACCCUCAACAUGCGAAACUUAAUGCUUUGUUGGCUUCGGGUGAAGGGCAAGACACCUUCGGCAACACCGGUGACUUGCGUAUUCCUGCUCAACAUACCGCACCUGGAACAUUUGUCAACUCAGCUGGACAAGGACUGGACCGUCUUCGUGCUGCACAGACUGGCACCAAUCCGUUCUUCUCAUCGCAGGCGACUGGUUUUGGGCAAGUGCCUGCUCAGACUGGCCCUGCAGGCGGGUUUGGUGGUGGCUAUGGGCAGCAAAACAACAACCCAUUUGGCGCCCGGCCGACGGGACAACAGGGUGGUAGUCUGAUUGACCUUUAG